AUGAGUGGAAUUAUACAUGGCCUCAGUUGGUUUCCCAACUUUCCAGAUAGGUUUGUCUCCUGGGGCCAAGAGAUUAAUUUAUAUGAAGUGCGCAGCAGCAAGGAUGACGGUGCCACGCCAAAGAGUCGAUUGCCCUAUAUUUCGGUUAACUAUUUGUCCAAUGAGUCGCGCUAUCAAUAUGCUCGUUGUGUGGCCGCCUCCUAUCACAGUGACCAGCCGAUCAUAGCGGUGGGUUUGGGUGAUGGUAAAAUUGGCAUAUGCAAUUUUCGGGACAGCUACGACAGCAGCUGGGAGUACACUCCACGACAGCAGCGUAUGUGUACCUGCUUGGCCUGGAAUGAGCAAUCCGCUAAUAUACUGGCUAUUGGUCAUGAUCGUCAUCGUUCGGAUUCGUGUAUAACCAUUUGGGAUAUUGAACGUGGUGUGCCCAAAGAUACGGCUAAUUUUUUUGGCUUGGCUGAAUCAGCAAAUUCCGUGUGCUGGGAUCGCAAUCAACGCCUGCUUAUAGCGGGCAUGAGUCAAAAAAUGAUUAAACUUUUUGACCUAAGACAGAACAAUGCCAGUUGCCAGAGCAUUCAAACGAAAACCGUCCAUGGCCUAGCUGUGGCUCCAAAUGGCCAUUAUUUAUGCAGCUAUGUCGACUCCAUUGUUAUGCUGUGGGAUUUGCGUGCCAUUGAUCGUCCCUUGCGUCAAAUUCAAUCAUCGAAAAAUCAUUUACAAAUUGCCUGGUGUCCCACACGACCUAGUCUGCUCUCCUCACUGCAAAGAGAUUCGCCUUAUAUAACGCUAUAUGAUAUUCGCAGCGUGGAUAACGAGAAUUCUCGUGAGAUUUAUCAUGUUAAGCGUCAAAUAAGCCCAUUUCCAGCUAAAUAUCAACAAACGAAAUUCUCUAACUUAAAUUCCUUAUCCUGGCAUACGAGAGAUGUAGAGAGAGCUCUACUACUGGCAGAUGCAAUGAAUAUUAUGGACUUUCGUUUGCCCGCGAGCCUACAUACGGCCUAUAGUAAUCGCACAAAACUUCCAUUCCUGAUGCCUCCUCCGCCCAUGGCGGCUUGUUCGUCACCAACUACCACCACCACAACAACAACAACGACAGCGACUGCAGCACCCACAAUUGGAACAAAUUCAAGUGGCAGUUCAUUGGAUUAUACUGGCGGUACUAGUUCAGCUUUCAAUUUUGAUAUCCUAGAACCCGAACUAAUGAAACUCGAUUUGGAGGAUAAGAUACGUCAAAGGGCUAUCGAGGAUUAUGGCAUGAAGCCGGAUAAUAGAGCAUUUGCUGAACUUCAUUUAAGUCCUUAUUUGAGAAAUGUCUGGUCCACAUUGAAGAAUGUUUAUUGCGAUGAUCGUUUGACCGGCUUAAAGUCCACUCUGGGCAUUAAUCUGGGACACACAUCGGAGGCUUUAAUGGCCAGUUCGCGCAUAGAAUCACAGAUUCUACAAUGGCCAGAUGGUAUCAAUAAUUCCAACAAACUGACCUGCUAUCGAAGUGAACAACGCCAUCUUGCCCUACAACUAUGUGGUUGGCCCCACGAUCAGGAACUGGAACGUUUCAUUGAUCAACUCUUUGCCAAUAAGGAAUUUAGUCGCGCCGCUAUGAUAUGUGUGUUCCAUUUGAAAAUUCUGUAUGCCUGUAAUAUUCUGUCUUCAGCAGCGGAUACGAUGAGUGAUCCGAGCAUGUAUCGGAUCACAGUGAUUGCUCUAUCCAGUUUUAAUGCCGAUCGUUGUAGUACCACAUGGCGAAAUCAACGAUCCAAUGCAAAUAUGCAAAUUCAAGAUCCACAUUUGCGAGCAAUUUUCUCAUUUCUAACAAUGGAAAAGGAUAAUUUUGAGGGAGUUCUUAAAGAGGAAGGCGUCUCACUUGCUGAUCGUAUGGCAUUUGCUUGUAAAUACUUGUCCGAGACCAAAUUGGCCGAUUAUGUGAAAAAUCAGAUACAAAAAGCCAUUGAAUGUGGUGAUUUGAAUGGUUUAUUAUUAACUGGAGAAUCUUUGGAUGGCAUCGAUAUACUUCAGGCCUACAUGGAUGCUAGUUUUGAUGCUCAGACUGUAGCCCUAGUGGUCAUUAAUUACUUCCGUCACGAACAUUUCUCAGAUAAUCGGAUUCAAUAUUGGAUCUCAAGUUAUUUGGAUUGGCUUAAUAGCUGGGGUCUAUGGGAGAAGCGUGCCGAAUUGGAUAUCAAAAUAGAAAGCAUACGCUUCUCGGCGAGAAGUUCGCGUACUGUUUAUCUAUCGUGCAAUUUCUGUGGCAAAUCCGUAUCGAAUGCCUUGUUGGAUGAGCCGCGACCACGUAGCACUUCAACGAGCACAAAUCGUCUAUCGUCGUGUCCAAGCUGUCGAAAACCAUUACCACGGUGUUCCCUGUGUCUUAUGCACAUGGGAACGAUGAUGAAUAUGAGCAAUGGAAGUGAAAGUCCAGCUUCCGAAGUACAAGGAUGGCAGACUAAACCGUUUUCGAAAUGGUUCUCCUGGUGUCAGACAUGUCGACAUGGCGGCCAUACAGAGCACAUAAUGCAGUGGUUCAAACAAAACCCAGAAUGUCCUGUUUCCUCUUGUAACUGCCGCUGCUUUGACAUGGAUGGCACUAAGCCGAAUACUUUACGAGACAUUACCUAGCUUUUAAUAUACACAUAUAUAUAUAUAUAUAUAUAUAUAUAUAUAUAUAUAUAUAUAUGUUUGUUAUACAAUUUGUUAUUUAAUCAGUGUGCGCCUUAAAUCUGCAACAUACAAAAGUGUUCAUUGUACUUAGACAACGCGAAUGUGAAUCAUAGCAUUUAGUAUUUAAAUGACCUAACAGCUAAACGGCUGCUCAAUUAUGCAUUUUAUAUACUUACAAUUAAAUUAAAAACAAAAUAAAACAAAUGACCUAUA